GGGCGGUGGCCUUGAUUGGCGCCUCAGCUAGUUCCGCGGCGCCGCCUCACGGUGUUUCUGUGGAGUUUGUUGUGAACUCGCGGAGCCCUUAUGUGACCUCCGGGUUGGGAGGAGGGAGCCUUGUUCUGGCCCCUGCUGUGGCCCUGCAACGCUGCGGAAACCUGGCAAGUCCUCUCCCUGACGUAGCCUCAGCCUUCCCGGCUGAUAAGUUUGCUAACCUCCUUCCGGCUCUAACAACCCUUGGAUUCCGGAGGCGUGGCCUGAGGGGGCGGAGCCUGUGGGCGUCCGGGAGAUGGUGCCUGGCAACGUCCGGAGUGGGCCUCGAGAGGUCCUCCCUUCGGAGGGGAAUUCAUGACAAACUCCAGAGAGGAUGCUCUGGAGCUUGACCCGGCUCAAUCAAAGGCCAUCCCAAAGCCAUGGGUGUUUCCAGUCCCAAAGGGAACCCUACAGCGCAUCUUUGGGAGCAGCCAGGUGUUCCAGAACUGGGAUGAUGUAAAACCGAAGGUCACGGGAUUAACAGUGCCCCUCAAAGUCAGGGAGUACUACCACCAAGGCCUGCAGUGCUUGGAGAAAGAGGACUGGGAGAUGGCCGUGCUCUUCUUUUCCCGUGCCCUCCACCUGGACUCCCACCUGGUAGACUUCUACGCUUUACGAGCUGAGGCCUACAUCCAACUCUGUGACUUCUCCUCAGCUGCCCAGAACCUGCGAAGGGCCUACUCCUUCCAGCCAGAGAACACCAAGUACCUGGAGCGGCUUACCUUGGUCCUUUACCUGCAGGGCCAGUGCCUGUUUGAGCAACGUGCCUUCCCAGAAGCCCUGAGGGUCUUCUCGCAAGCCUCUGCGCUCCAGCCUGAGAAAGCCAGCUUCCGUUACCGAUGCAUGGCCUGUCUCCUGGCCCUCGAACAGCAUCAGGACUGCCUCUCGCUCAUCGCCAAGGAGGUGAAGCUUGGCACGACCAAUGCUGAUGUCUUCAUCCUCCGGGCCAGGCUCUACAACUUCCUCCAGAAGCCCAGCCUCUGCUACCGAGACCUGCACAGCGCCUUGCUGUUGGAUCCCAAGCACCCACAGGCCAAGGUGCUGCUCCAGAUGAUGGUGAACCAAGCCCAGAAGGCGCUUCAGGAUGCUGGGAUCCUAGCUGUGCAGGGCAAGCUGCAGCAUGCUCUGCAGCGCAUCAACUGUGCCAUCGAGAACAACCCUCUGGACCCUAGCCUCUUCCUCUUCCGGGGCACCGUGUACCGCCGGCUCCAGGAGUUUGAUGCCGCCGUGGAGGACUUCCUGAAGGCGCUGGACAUGAUGAGUGAGAGCCAGGAGGGCAUGGUGCGGCAGGCUCAGCGGCAGCUGUUGCUGACCUACAAUGACUUCGCCGUGCGCUCCUACCAGCAAGGUGCCCACGAGGAGGGCGUGCUACUGCUCAACAAGGCCCUCAAGGACGAGCAGCAGGAGAAGGGCCUCUACAUCAACCGGGGCGAUUGCUUCUUCCAGCUGGGCAACCUGAUUUUUGCGGAGGCGGACUACCAGCAGGCACUGGCGCUGAGCCCGCAGGACGAGGGCGCCAACCUACGCAUGGGCCUACUGCAGGAGAGGAUGGGCUUCUGCGAGCAGAGGAGCAGGUGCGGGCUGUGGGUGGUCCCCGGGGGUGGGGUGGGGGUGCUGGCAUGGAGCCGCCUGCUGGGACCCCUGGGUCAAGAUCCUCUGCUCUCCCAGGUUUGGUAA